ACACUCCGAGGAGGAGAGACAGCUAAGGGCCGGGCAGCCGCUGCCAGACGCCUCUCUGUGACGCGGCCGCUGAGCGAUGACGCGCUGACCCGCCGCGGCCUCCACGUCUCAGGUUCCGCAAAGGCCUGUGGGAGCGACCCGGGAGAAGGAGGGCCAAGAUGGCGGAAGCGGCGGAGUCUCCAGGAGACCCGGGAACAGCAUCGCCCAGGCCCCUGUUUGCAGGCCUUUCAGAUAUAUCUAUCUCACAAGAUAUACCUGUAGAAGGAGAAAUCACCAUUCCUAUGAGAUCUCGCAUUCGGGAAUUUGACAACUCUACAUUAAAUGAAUCUGUUCGGAAUACCAUUAUGCGUGAUCUAAAAGCUGUUGGGAAAAAAUUCAUGCAUGUUUUGUACCCAAGGAGAAGUAAUACUCUUUUGAGAGACUGGGAUUUGUGGGGCCCUUUGAUCCUUUGUGUGACACUGGCAUUAAUGCUGCAGAAAGGCUCUGUAGAUAAUGAAAAAGAUGGAGGACCCCAGUUUGCAGAGGUGUUUGUCAUUGUCUGGUUUGGUGCGGUUACCAUCACCCUCAACUCAAAACUACUUGGAGGAAACAUAUCUUUUUUUCAGAGCCUCUGUGUACUGGGCUACUGUAUACUUCCAUUGACAGUGGCAAUGCUGAUUUGCCGGCUGGUACUUUUGGCUGAGGCAGGACCAGUAAACUUCAUGGUUCGGCUUUUUGUAGUGAUCGUAAUGUUUGCCUGGUCUGUAGUUGCCUCCCAAAGCCUUUUCUUGCCGAUAGCCAGCCUCCAAACCGCAAAGUUCUUGCGGUUUAUCCUGUUUUCCUGUUUUAUUUCAUCAUCAGCUGGAUGAUUCUCACCUUCACACCUGAGUAAAUCAGAAAACAGAAAUUAAAAACCAGUGAAUUGAAAGCUCUUCUGAAAGAUGCAGUUCACCAUGGAGUUUUGCCUCUGGUUCUCUUCUGUCUUAAAUUUUGGAGAUAUUUGCUUAACUGGGUAGGUGAGGAGAUUAAAAGGGAGUCAUUAUAGCACUGUUUCCACUUCCAUGAGGAACUGAUGUUUGAAAGGCUGUCCUUUUCCUCUUGAUGUAAUUUCUUUAAAAUGCGUGUGCACACUACACACAGUAGAAUGCCUCCUUGAGGCAUGAUGAAGUCACUGUGGUCCAUUUGGUUGACAACCAGUGACUUGGGAAGCACAUGGAUACAGCCUACCAGUUGAAUACAGUUGAUAACUAUUUUUAGUUUUGAGAAUUCCAGUUCAGGUGCAGCUCUUAAACACAUUGCCUUAUGACUAUUAGAAUAUGCCUCUCUUUUUUCAUAAGUAAGAAUGGAUGGUCUAUAUUCAUUUUCUUUUAUUUAUCUCUUAAGCUUAAAAAGACAAUGACAGAGGUUAGGAGUGGGGUUCAUAGAUGGGGAAUGAGAAAAUACACAUUAACCAACAUUCAAAUUUUGGUUAGAGGAAGUUUUGUACUUGUUGC